AUGCAUUAUUUCACUUUUUGGACAAUUGUUUUCAUUUAUCUUAUAAUUGUUCCAGUUACGGAAUCCGGAAACAGUAAAAUUUGCGAUGCAAAUACUCCUUGUGAUGCUGGACUUGUAUGCUUAAAAGAUAUUACUAGAGGUCUUGAUUCUUCUACAGGAAAUUUUUGUGGUCAACCAUGUACACCACUUACUGUAGCUAACGAUUGUGGAGCUGGUGAAACUUGUGAUCAAAUAAAGGAUAUUACUGAUGCAGAUACUUUAUCAUGUGUGAAAUCUGUAUUUUGUCUUACAGAUGAUUUUUGUCAAUCAUUAAAUCCAGAUAAACCUACAUGUAAUUUAUUUACUUUAAAAUGUGUUGGUACAGAUACUAACACUGUAAGUACAACUGAAGUUACCACUACAAAAAGAAUAUCUACAACACCAGCAUGUGAAGAUUCAGUAGUUGGUGGUGCAUAUGAUUGUAAAAGUCAUCAAGAUCGUUGUAAGGAUCCAUUAUGGCUUGAUUUAAUGCGAGAUAAAUGUAAAAAAACAUGCGGUUUUUGUGGAACAGUUACAGGAGGAACUACAGCUCCAUGUAAAGAUCUUUUAUCCGAUUGUUCUAAGAAUAGUCAUCUUUGUAAAAAUUCACACUACAUCACUUUUAUGAAAGAAAAAUGUCGUGCUACUUGUGGUUUUUGUUAA